AUGUCCUCUGUAUUGAUGAGGUUGAUGUUGGUAAUUUUAUUAAACCAAGUGUACGCGCGUAAUAUACCGAGAGAUACCGAGGUAAUAUUGCUGCCAGUAUGGAACUCGAAAGGCGCAUCAGAGAUUCCCUUAACUUUCAAAGUCUUUGGGCAAUUGAUCCAGUUGAAUCUACGUAGAAAUGAUAACAUCGUAUCGCCUCAGUUUCAAGUCUGGAAACACAAUGCAAAGAGCAUCACGGAAGAAUUGUCGCAGUUAAGUGCACCGGAUCCUUGUUAUUAUCUUCACAAGAGUCAUGAAGGUUCCGCAGCCAUAAGUUUUUGUCAAGAACAUGGAUUGCACGGGCUCGUCUUUCUGGAAAACGUUACAUUGGAGAUCACGCCUUUGCGAAACGACCUUGCAUCUUCACCCUUACUCAUCGACGACCAUUAUGUUAAAGAAGAAGCCAGUCUUCCGUUGGGUGACCCUCAUGUAGUCAAGCGAUCAUCAUCGAGAUCACCGUUCAUUGAUCUAGAUUUUGAAAGAACUAAGCGACGCCUAAUACGAGAUACUAAAGAAAAUUUAACAUUGGAACUGGCAGUCUUCUUCGACGAGGCUGCGUAUCGUUUGUUCUCGCCUUUUCUGGAUGAGGACGAUGAGAAGAUUCGUGACAUGUUGUUAGCGUACGUUAAUGGAAUUCAGGCACUGUAUCAUCAUCCGAGUCUCGGUGUCUCAAUCGACAUCUCAUUGAUACGCUUAGACAUUAUUCAAAGGCAGCCAAUCGAUCUACCGCAUUUUGGCGGCGAGAGAGGUAGCUUGUUGGAUUCGUUUUGUUAUUACGCGAACGCUCGCAAUCCUCCGGAGGACUCUCAUUUCCAUCACUGGGACAUGGGCCUCUACGUAACUGGGCUGGACCUUUACGCGAUCGAAAACGGAAGGAAGAACGGCGCUACCAUGGGAUUAGCCACCGUCGGCGGUUUGUGCAUCCCACAUUAUUCCUGCGUGAUAGCAGAAUUGGGAGUUACGGAUCAACUUGGUAAGCCGUAUCCGUCUGCGGGCUUUACAUCGGUUUAUAUCGCCGCUCAUGAAAUCGGUCACAAUUUAGGAAUGCCACAUGAUUCAAGUGGCAAUACGUGUCCAAAGGAUGGAUACAUAAUGUCACCCAGUAGAGGCGUUCGAGGUGAGACGGUCUGGUCCGACUGUAGCCGUGAGGUGGCCAAGAUGCUUUCGCAAACGAAACACUGUCUCUUGGAUCAGCCGGAGCCACGAAAUUUCUCGGAUACGCUCGCGCACAAUCAUUCGCGGUAUCGCGAUUCACCUGGAAGAGAAUGGACCGCGAAGAAGCAGUGCGAGUUACUUUUACGCGACAAGGACGCGGACGUUGUUACAUUGUAUCAGGCGUGUCAGUCUUUGCAAUGCAAAACGCCUCACAGGAGUGGAUAUUAUUUCGCAGGACCAGCGUUAGACGGAACUCGAUGCGCGUUCGGUAGAGAAUGCCGCGGUGGAGAAUGCCUACCCGUUCCCGAACCAGCACCGGAAUCGUUUGAUAGCGAGAAGGAUAGCUGGAGCGAAUGGAAGGAAGGUUCCUGCAGUAGCGGUUGUUUGCAGAGAUCCAAAGGUGCCCGAGUUAGGCGACGAUUCUGCGAGAAUCGAAACCGUCUGAGGAUGGCGAGAGAUUGCAAAGGGCUGUAUUACGAUGUAAUAUUGUGCAAGGAUGAGAAACUUUGCAAGAAGAAACGCAGAACAAUCGACGAGUUUGCCACGCUGAAAUGUGGCCUUUUCAGCGAAAGAUUACCCGAGUUGGACGGCACGGCGAAAGGAUUGCAGGCGGCUCACGAAACCGACAUGCCAUGGAUGGCCUGCGCUAUAUUCUGUCGGCGAAAGGACAUUGCCGCUUAUUACGCACCACGCGUCGAAUUAAAUGACCUUGGACUCGACCCAUACUUUCCGGAUGGAACAUGGUGCCACGCUGAAGAGGGCCAAGAUUACUUUUGUCGUCAGCAUCACUGUCUGCCAGAAUACUUUCGAUUCGGUAAAAAAUUGCCGAAAGCUUAUCGGUACCGGGACGACAAUGAGGAAUUGGGACCGCAAAACGCACAAAAUCGACUUGGAUUCGCCGAUCGAUCGAGUGUCAUCAAGUACCUGACAUCAGGCCCAGAUGGUAUACCUUUGUUAACUUCUGUAUCGCACGGUAUCGCUUCUCCGUUCGGUGAAGAUGAAUGGAUCGACAAGGAUUAUAUCGAAUUACCUCCAUCUGUAUCAGAAUCGCCUUAUCCCAUUAUUAACAGUUAGUUACACCAUUAAUACAAUAUUAAUAUUAAGAGGGAAAGAUGAACUGGUGAACGAGGAAAAAGAAUCGAUAGCUAUUAGUCGAUCUAGCGACAGGGUCACUAUAUAUUGCAAGACAAGGAGAGAAGUAAACUACUGCGUAAAGUGGACGCAUAUUCUCCCGAUUCGUACGAGAUGCCUCGAGAGCACUCGAGAGAUAGGACGAGAGAGCGAUGACGUCAUCCACUUCGCCAUCUAUUUUAAGAGUGUCCCGAUGUUAUAUUCGUAUUUCCAUAGGAGCGGAACAGAGAAUCGAGGGUAAUAAAGAAAAUGUGUGUCGUAUAACUUAA